AUUUUAGCAUCACACGGCACAGCUUCUGUAUCACGUGGUAUAAGGCUCCGCCCUUGUCAUUUGUUGAGCAGGAAGAGUGAGCGCUUGUUUUCAUGCAGAGUACGUCCCGGAUGAAAAUGCGGUACAGUCGUCGUCGUUUUUUAAAUUUUUUUAAAAAAAAUUUUUUUAAAAAAUUUUUUUUAUCGUUGUCAUUUGGAAAUGAGAUCGCACAUAAGUAUGAAUCGAGAUCGCGAUUUUCUAACGAUUAAUCGUGCAGCCCUAACAUCAAUUAUAAAAAUUUAUCGACACAGAAUUUGCUCCUGUCCAUUUCUUCAAUUAGUCCCAAGUUGAGGUCGCCCCCAAGAACAAGUGAUAUAUUACAUUGUUACAUUAUGAAUGUACUGUGAGUAUAAUAAUACUAAUGGAAAUGAGUAAGGGUAGCACAGUGGCACUGUGGUUUGCACUGUUACACCAAGAGGUGUGAGGCAACAGUGAGUUCAAUUCCACCAUCAAGCCAGGGUCUUUCUGUGUGGAGUUUGCAUGUUCUUCCCAUGUUUGCAUGGGUUCUUUCCGGGCGCUCCGGCUUCCUCUCACAGUCCAAAGACAUGCAGUUAGUGGGGAUAGGUUAACUGGAAACUCUAAAUUGCCCAUAGGUGUGAGUGUGAGUGGUUGUGUGUCUCUAUCUGUUAACCCUGCGGAUGCCUGGCGACCUGUCCAGGGAGUACCCUUCCUCUCUAGGACAGCUGGAAUAGGCUUCAGCCCCCCUGCGACCCUGGCAAGGAUAAGUGGAAGAGAAUAGAUGGAUGGAGCAUGUACGUACUUGUCUGUGAGGCAAUAGUGGAUGUGCUGACACUGAGUGCGUGUGUGUGUGAUUGUGCCAUGCCGAUGUGUAAAAAUUAGGGGGGUGGUUUGUGACUGUGUAGGAAAACAGGUGAUCGGUGCAGUGAAAGAAGUAAGAAAACCAUGGAAAAGGAGGGAGGGAUGAAAGAGAAAACUUGAACAAAAACAAAAACAUUGUAAUGAAAUAUCCCUAAGAUGUCAGUGUAGGUUCUUAGUCAUCCAGGUCACAGUGGUCAUGGUAGACUACCACGACGUGAAUUUGUCUGAAAACCUCACGUGGGCAUGCAACUAGGGCCGCAGUGAUUCAUCGGGUAUUUCGAAUAAUUUAAUUAUAAAAAAAAUUUAGACACAAAUUCUUUGCUUUGAUACUUUGUGAUAUCAGCUUGAGUGAAAAAAAAUGUGUUUCUCGUGUUCAAAACACUAGCGCUGUUCCCGUAAUCACCAUUAAAACCUUUGCUGGCAGAAACUAACCAAGUUCUUCAUCAAAGCACCUGAUCAACAAACUCCGACAUGAAGACAAGCAAACUUUGUAGCUGUUCCAUCCACCGCUCUUUGUUUUACACAGAGAAAAAUCUGCAGUAAGCAUCCAGAAGAUGAAGGCUGAAGGCUGAUGUCAGCCGUCUUAUUGUGGAAGCAAACGGGCAAAAAAAUGGGGCACGGCGUGUAAUUUAUUUCAAGGUUUUCAUGUCUUUUUUUUUUUUUUUCCAGAUUGAAAAUGAAAUAAUAUAAAAUACUAUCUCAGUUAAAUUGUGUUCAUAUACACACUGAACUGAGUGAUUUUAGGUUGGACAGUAAAUAUUAAUGUCUACUCUAUCAUAACGUCUUGUUUUCAACAGCACAGAAACAUUGCAUCAAAGCACAGGGCAAACUUCAGAAUGCUGAUAUGCUUGCUUCCCUUCAUUGGAGCUACCACAUUCUUCUUUAUGGGCUUACAGACACAAACUCACUCAUUCACUUGUACACUUAAACACACAGAAAUAAACAAAAGUCAAAAAAGCCUUCCAAAAAGACAGAGUAAAGAUGCAUUUUGUUUAGAUUGCAUGUUUAUUUAGUUUUCUUUGACAUUGACUUAAACCUCGUGCGUUCUCCCAAGUAGUAAUAAAUAUAUUAAAAAUAAGGCUUUUAUGAAACCCCUGAAUAAAAAAUUUCUUCUUGAAAAUUUACAGUUCAGUAUUUAAUAUUACAUAAAAUAAACCAUAUACACGUGUCUUUGAAUGGCAAAUAUGCAGAAAUGUCUGCAUGGCUAGAUGCAGCAGUGCUCGUUCAGCCUGACUAGAGCCUCCUUGCUGGGUGUCGCCCUCUGCUCGCUCACUGCGUUUGUGUCUAGUCUAUGCGCUAUCACUAUGUGUUCUCUAAUAAAGGUGAACCCUCAAACCUUCUUCUACUGGCAGCUCAUGUCUAAACUGUUUCUCUUUUGGCACAAAUAAUUUACCUGUUUUUGUGUUCUGAAACUAUUAAAAUUCUGGCACAGUAAAGAAAGACAAAUGCCAAUGUCAUGUAUAUGAUUACCUCACUGCAUACACGAGUAGGCAUGUAUCAGCUAAACAGAAAACAGUUUUAAUUGCUUUGAUAACUCUGUGCAUGCGUGUGUACAAACGAGAACAGUAGUCUAAUAACUUAACAGUUGUAGCUUUAAGUGUUUGAGCUCUGAGAGAACCAUCUUUUGGUGAUAUAGUGGUACUAUUACUAUUAUUGUUGUUGUUGUAGUUGUCAUGUGACAUCUGCAGCACGCCAUCUAAGCCCAGAGGUUUCAUGUGAACACACUGACGCAUUUUCCUGCACUUUUCUGUUUUGCAGGUCUGUGAAGAUGCCGGGCUUCCUGUCAUUCAGCUACUGAAUGCUAAAUUAGACUGCAGGCCAACACAAGAACAUUUCUCAGGAAACACACAGACCCAGUCUCAGCUUCCAAAGCUCCUCAUCACAACAGCCCUUUUGGGGUUGCUAUGGCAGCUGCUGUCACAGAAACCAAGUGCUGGACACAGGCUUGCCCCAGUAAGGCAGGACAGACCUCUAGUCAUUGCUGCAAGAGACUGUCAGACAGCACUUAGCAUUUAUCGUGCACUUUAACAAACGAUCCGAACUCCGUGGGCUGAUAGUACCGUCUCCUCAUGAGUUUUGUGUUUAUCAGCGCAGGCUCGUGGCCAGAGUCCCUGAGCAGCACAGCCGAAACCCACCAUUGUAUUAGACCAUGUUCCACCAGCAAGACCAUCUAAAGAGCCAGCCACAGGAGAGCCAUCCUGCCGUUCGGCAGCUUUUUCACUGCCAGGACUGUGGGAAGCAGUACAACACCCAGCUAGGUUACAGACGCCACCUCGUGGCAGCUCACAGUGCUGCAGCAGCCCUGCCCUGCUCAGAUGUCGCUCCUUCCCUGCUGGAGCACCUGGGUGGCCAUAUUGACAGGCCUCCACCGUCAGAGGGAAGCAUUAAUGUUGUGGUGCCAGUAAGAGAGAGGAAGUACUCCUGUGAGAGAUGCGACCGCCGUUUUUACACACGUAAGGAUGUGCGCCGUCAUGCGGUGGUGCACACAGGACGCCGUGACUUCCUGUGUCCGCGCUGUGCCCAACGCUUUGGCCGCAGAGACCACCUGACUCGCCAUUUGAAGAAGAGCCAUGCCCAGGAGACGGGGUUGAUGCCACCCUGCAGUUCCAGCACUCCUGUGGCUACACCGAGCCCCUCCACUAUGUGCCCAGUAAAAGAGGAGCCCAGCCCAGUCACCACUGAGAUGGCCUCUGUCUCCAAGGAGCCCAUGGAGACUUUUUCCAGGGAAAUGUACUCCUCGUACCACAUGGCCAGUCCUGUCCCUGGCAUGGGCCAACCUCAUGGCCUUAUUCAAGGCUCCUUGUCCUCAAGCAUGGGUGUGGCUCGCCACAUGCCCGCUCAGUCUUCCCAACCCCACCAUCAUCACCUGGCACCAUCGGCAUCUCCGCAGCAGCAGCAUUACAGCAACAUGCCACGGUACCAGCACCACGGCUCUACCUCAUAUCCUCGUGGCGACGUGGACAGCUUCCUGCUGGACCUGCAGAGUGCCCCCGCGCCUCACCUGAGUGCAGUAAACUCCUCUACCUCUACUUCUGCUUCCCCUCAGAGGGACGUUCUGGCUGAAGGGGUGAGUGCUGGUGGUGACCCACACUUGAUGUCCAGGAGCCCUGCUGUGCCCUCAGCUGAGCUGUCCUGCACCACUAACAUGGACCUGGGACCCCUGCUGAGCUUCUUACCUUUCAGCCUGCCACCGUACAGCCCUCACAUGGGGAUGGGAAGCUUAGUGAUGAGCUAUCCAACUACCACCACCACCACCACCGCGUGCUCUCCAUCCUCUUCCACCGGGCUGUCCUCCCAGGCUCCAGGGCCGUUCACCUUCUUCCAGUCUCCGCAGGCUAAUGCACCACAGGGCCCUGGGCCCCACAACCACACCCAACUACCUCAGGCAUACAGCAGUCCUGCUAUGAGCACAUCCACUUCCCUACCUCAUUACUACCAGGCCUUUCAGCAGUAAGCAGCUGUCCCCGCGCAGUGCUCGAUGUCUUUGUUCAUGAAAAUAGUCAAAUUAAGGAACGGCGUCUUUACUGUAAAACAGAUGUCUUGUUUUAGAUAUUGUUGAACGCAACAAAUCACCUCAGCAGUAUUACCUCAUUAUUUAAAGUAAGCUUGAAUGUUUAAGAAGGUGUAGAUGUUUUAACUGCAACCAAAAUAUACUUGUACUUCUCCAUCUAGAAACAGUAGAUGCACUUCAUACGGGUGCUGCUCAUUGCUCUCACUGAGCCUGUCAUCUGUGAGAAACGGACACCUUCCUUACUCAGGUGGAUGUGAGCACUACCGAAAAGACUAAGCCUCAGAGCACCUGUUUGUUUGACAUUUGGAUCAGCUUCCUGUCAAUGCCGUGCAUCAUCCAUACGAUGUAUCCACAUGUUAUUGUCUUUCAAAAUGAAGCGUAUUUUGUCUGCUUCAAGUUUCAGCAACCCUGUACAAAUGUCUGUCAGAUCAAACAUCUCAUCCAUCUUACUGGAAAUGAAGCACAAAUGAAAUAGAAUGAGCUUUGUGACCAUUAACACAGUCCCUUUUUAGAAGCUUAGGGACAUUUAGUCAUAAAUCUUUUAUUUUUUAUUUUCACCGAAGACAUGCCAAAACACAUGGGGGGGGGCUGCUCCACUGUUACCGAUGGGGAAACAGGUUUCGAAAUGUUCUGACUCUGAACCAGAAUAUUUGACACAAUAGGAACUGAUAAGACAAAGUUUCCUUAGAGCAAAAUGAACUCAUUGUGCAGUACUACCUGUUUUGUUCCAAAUAUUUCUGUUUUUGAGUUGCAGCAAUGGAUUACCUGUGAAGAGCAACUGGGUGAAUCACAGUUUGCUCUCCAUCUAUUCAGUUUCUUAAACCAUCUCGGAGUCCAGGUUGCUGGAGCCUGUCCCAGAGGGGCUGAAAAGUGGCCUCCACUCUGGACAGACUAGCAGGGAGAAACAAAAUAUGGACAUUUAGGAGGCUGAAAUACAUUACUGAGGUGUCAUUUAACGGCCAGUAUGAACAGGAUGCAGUAUUACAGAGAAAAAUCUGUUACUUUCAUAUUUAUGGGGAAUAUUUAAACAAACCACUGGAUCCCAUGUUUUCUAGGUUUGGGUGUGUUUUUUCAAGUCAGCUUAAUAUUAUUUUUCUCAUUGGCGGCUGCUGCUGCAAUGACCACAGCAUGACGAGAAACCUUUUAAAUGUACACAUGUGAAUCAAGGGAUUGCUGGAAAUGGUAGAAAGUAUUGGUUGGACGGUGGCCGCCCUGGCUUCGUGACCUGACGUGGGGCAGCUGGGAACUGAUUUAAGCAGAAGGAAGCUUCACAUUCCACCCUGUUACCUGUGUUUUCUUUUUUCUGAACUGGACCACUGGAUGUGAGCACUGUUAGAACCGAGCACGAACAUCCACGUGGAGCAUUUCUACCCAUUUCACUGUUGCUAUUAACACCGUUCUUCAGUGGCUGUGGUGCUGGACUCUGUGAAUCUGAUAAAAUUAGCACUAUAAGCACCCUCAUCCCUCUUGUCCUGGUCUCACCUUUGCUGCUGAUACACGGGGAAGCAGCUAAAGAGUGGAUGGUGUCACAGGAAAACAAGAAGCCUCCAGUAACAGACCCAGUUACCUGACAUUCACCCAAUGCGUCAGGGCUGGUGGAAUGGUUUUAAGUCUUCAACUGGUGUGAAGUGACUGAUGUGAUCUUUAGAGAGGGAGUCAUUUAGAUGACUCUUUCCUCAACCUUCAUUCAUAAACCCCUCUAAUUAGCACUGUGCCAGGCUUCACAUUGUCUUAAAAUGCUACUGUUGUGCCUCUCUAAGAGUGUCUAAUCUCGUGACUGGGUUGAAGCACUUAGGACAAUUCUCAAAAAGUUUGAAUUUGAUGUGUACCUCAGACCUGGAACUGUGGCUUUCUGCUUUAUUUCUGUUGGCUUUUAGUUGUUUGGACUCUUUUGGUGCCAUUAUAUUGAAACUUUAAAGGUAGAUUUGUUCUUUAUGUAGUUGCAGACAUAAUUCAAACCUUCUACCUCUACAUUGUCACGUAACUUUUGCAGCAAUCAUUAGAAAUUGUUUUAACAUGAAGCAGUUUUUAGCACUGAAGAAGGGGAAUUAUUCAGAAGUCAUUCUGACGGCCUGCGUAUACACGUGGGUUUGAGUGCUAUAUUGGAGAGUCAUUUCUGUACUUGCCUUUAAUGAUAUUUCUACUUAUUUACUACCUCAGAUGAGACGGGAAACUGUCCAUCUAACUGCAGAGAAAUUUCUCUGUGUAGUUUUAUUUUUGUCACAAGCACAUGUACUUUGUAGUUCUGUAGUUUUUAUUGAAGCUAGCUGCUGCAGCUGAUGCUACAGCCUGUGCGUUCACUGCUCGUGCCUCAGCCUGUUUAACACUUGUUUCGGUUAGGGAUCAGGCCUCCGUCUAAAGGAAUUUCACAACUCUUUAUUGGAAUGCUGAGAUGAAAUUGAAGGGAGUGCUGACGUGGAAUAUUCCAAAUAAAUGUUCCUACAGUGAGCGUAGCAGAUUGAUCAAAAAUCUAAUAAGUCUCCAGAACACAAAACAAAAUCAACAGUCGUAUGGAACUCUACAUACGAUACGUGUGAAGAACAAUAAGCUGGACAGCCACAGAGAGGCUGUCCCAAAUUUGGCAUAAUUGUUUGAGAAUGUAUGUUUGAAAAGUUUGCCAGCAAACACAGAUGGUCUUCACCUGAGCUGUGACUACAACUGGUUGCACUGCUCGCUGCUCUGUCGGCCUCUGAAGCCUAUCCCAGCUACCGUAGACCGAGAGGCGGGGUACACCCUGGAAAGGUAGCUUAAGCAACUAUGGCAAAUGUGAUCAAACGCACUCCAGACUGAUGGCGGAGAAGGGCAGAAACAAGGUUUCACCUCACUAAUGACUGUGGUGCCUGCAUUUAGCCCGGCUUUGAGAGCCAGUCCAGUGCAGGUUUAGCCACCUUAAACUUAGUUACUUUUUGCUUUAGGGAUUUAUAUUCUAGUUUAAUAGACUAGGAGACUGUGACAAGAAAAGGAGUUGUCAUUUUCUAAUUAUCUGAACAUAAAGUCAUACAAAAUAAAAUCUUUAGAUUUACACUGUCUGUGUCUAUGUGCAUUUUUAUGGAAAUCAAAUUGCAAAGUUGGGGUAUAUGUAUUUAACCAGACUUGGAGUACCUUCAUGUAAGCUGUAUUUGUAUACAGAAACAAGGUGAAUAGGAUAGUAACUGUGCUGGUCUUCUGCAUGCUGACGCUACCUAUAGAUUAUUUUUAAACCAGAUUUAGUUUACUUUUUAUUAGUGAGUGAAUUACACUUAAAUACAAGCAUAAGAAGGCAGAAUCUGUGGCCUUAAAGCCAGAAGCUUUUCAGAUAUUUCUGUUAAUCCCAUCAAAAUGUCAUUUUAAAAUAUGACUAUUGUCAAUACAUUAAAUAUUAAUGUAGAGUCAAACCAACUACCAAGUGUACACUACAAGUUUGAGCCAGUAUGCUUUGCAUUCUGGGAUGCAGCAAGGUAAUAUAGAUGUGCCAAGAUCUGUAUGCGGUAACUAGCUGUGAAUGAUCAUAUAGGCUCUGUGUUCUCAAAUAGUCCAGAACAAAGCACCUUCUUCCUGUAUGUACCUUUGUUGCUCCCGAUAAAGCAGACUAACAAUUCCCAGAUGGUUUGUAAUGAUGCAUUUUGGUUUUCCCACGAGAUCUCAUAGUUAAAGACCUCAUAGUACCAUAUCAGCCCUGUGUUGUGCUGUAUUGCGGCUUCCCCCCCUAAUUUUUAAGUACGUUUCAUGACAAAAACACAUACAGACACUUUCUAUCUCUCUCUCUCUCACACACACUCACACUCUACAAGAAGAUUGUUAAAUUAUGCAUCUGUGCAUUUUAAUAUUUUUGAGCUGUAUGUUUUGGGGGGAGGUUCUUACAGGUGCAGCAUUUCUAUUUGGGGCUGGAGCCUAUGAUAGCUGUCAUAGUGACACUGACCCUAGACAAAUACAAAACUAGUGAAAAACAGUCAGAAGCGACUAGGAUGGGCAAAAAAAAAGUUAGUGGCCCGACCUGCAAAACCGUUAGUGUUUUGAGAGUUGUCUCAUUGUCGCCCCUCUAGUGCAACCAAAGCAGUUGAAACUGUUUAAUAGCUCCCUCUCCUACUUAACUGACCAGAUAAAUAUUUCAGAAAUUUAACUGACUUGAUGCUACAUAAAAUGUGUUUCUUUUAUUUAUGUCUGUGAAGGUUCU